AUGAUAAUCAACAACUUCUCCCAAACUUUUUAUCUCGCAAGACGACCAGGACUGCCGUGGGCCCCUCUUCGAUCGAGAGCGAGAUCGGAGGCUGAUGACGAUCCGAGUCAAGAUGAGGAGGGCAGUGCCCAAGUCAGCGACGGUGGUACAUACUUGCAACGAGUGGGGGGGGGGGGGGGGGGGGGAGGGAACUCACGGUGGCUGAUGGUACACUACUGCCGACUUCCACCACCUACCGCCUCGGUGCUGCGUCGAUGCGCUAGUCGGUUUCGGCCCAGUGGUGGAGGAGCCAUGUGA